AAGAGGAGGAGGAGGAAGGGUAGCAAGUGAUUUCUGAGGUGAUGUGCGGGCGCGCGGCGCAGGGGCGGGGCGCAGGGAGCCGGUGGUGAGGCGCGGCGGCCACGAUGGACCACAGUGUGAAGGCCAUGACCCCGCACCGCAAGGUGGCCUUCUCGCGGCUGUGCCACAAGCACCGCUUCGAGAAUGACGAGCUGGAGGAGUUGUACCGCCGCUACACGCUCAAGCUGCAGCAGGCCAGCGUGGCGGCGGCCUCCGCGCUCAUGCUGCUGCUGUGCCUCCUGCUGGCGGCGCUGCACGUCACCUUCGCCCAGGCGGCGGCGCCCACGCCCAUCACGCUGCUGGUGCUGUCCCUGGUGCUGGCCGGCCUGCUCGUGCUCCUCAACUCGCGGGUCAUGCGCCACUCCUACCUGAUGCCCACCUGCUACCUGCUGCUGGGCCUCGGCGCCGUGCUGGUGGCCCUGGCCCUGCCGCUGCCCGCCGGCUGGAGCUGGGUGGGCUGGCAGGUCACGCCCACGGCCGGCCAGGGCGUGUGGCAGAUUGCCUUUAUCGCCUUCCUCGUGUACGCCCUCACGCCAGUGUCCACGCCCAUCGCCCUCGCCUACGGGGUGGUGCUGCCCUCCUGCCAGGCCGCCCUCGCCGCCACCCUCGCCACGCCCUUCCCGCCGCUGCACUGGCAACAGCUGGUGGCCAACAGUAUGGUGGCGGUGGCCGUGAACGUGGCUGGCGUGUGGCUCCAGCAGAUGAUGCAAGCGGGACAGCGUAAGGCUUUCCUCGACACCCGGAACUGCAUCGCCGCCCGCCUGCAGAUGGAGGACGAGAACGACAAGCUGGAGCGGCUGUUGCUGUCGGUCCUGCCUCAACACGUAGCCAUGGAGAUGAAAGCAGACAUCAUCAAGCCCGUGGAGAGGCAGUUCCACAAGAUCUACAUCCAACGACACGAGAACGUCAGCAUGGUGUUUGCAGACAUCGUGGGCUUCACGGUGCUGGCCUCUCAGUGCACUGCUCAGGAACUCAUUCGACUCCUCAACGAACUCUUCGGGCGGUUCGACCAGCUUGCUGACGACAACCACUGUCUGCGCAUCAAGAUCCUCGGCGAUUGCUACUACUGUGUGUCUGGCCUGCCGGAGGCCCGCAGCGACCACGCACGCUGUGCCGUGGAGAUGGGCCUCGACAUGAUUGAUGCCAUUGCGUCGGUGGUGGAUGCAACAGAUGUUCAGCUCAACAUGAGGGUCGGCAUCCACACAGGGCGGGUGCUGUGUGGGGUGCUGGGGCUGCGCAAGUGGCAGUAUGACGUCUGGUCCAACGAUGUGACGCUCGCCAACAUGAUGGAGGCAGGAGGGGAGCCGGGGCGAGUGCACAUAACACAGGCAACCCUUGACUGUCUGGGGAAUGAGUACGAUGUGGAGCCAGCCGACGGACACCUGCGCUCCCAGUAUCUGAGGGACCACGAUGUUGUCUCCUACUUCAUUAUUCCUCCGCCGCGCCGCAGAAAGCCCCUCCUGUUCAACACUCUUCAGGUCCGCUCAGCCUUAGGGUCCACGCACCGCAGAAAACUCUCCUUCAAGAACGUGAGCAACGUGGUGGUUCAGCUGCUGCACUCCAUCAAGUACUCCAUGGAGGUGCCGUUCUCCAACAUGGCCAUCCCGCCCCAGGAGAAGUCGACCUCCAUCACCAAGAAGAGGAAUAUAUUCUUUCACGAAUACUACGAAAUAGAGCGAGGGUGCCCACAAUCAAGUCUGUCAGAUAAAUUCAAGCGUCCUUUCAAGAAGAGGCACUCGUCCCUGCCCCACGCCCCCUCCAACAGGGUCAACAAGUACCUGGCUCAGGCCAUCGACGCGAGAUCAGUAGACCGAGAGAAGUCCACCCACGUGUCCUUGUUCACCUUGUGCUUCAGAGACAGAGAGAAAGAAAGACACUACCAUGAAGAGCAGGACGUUGGGUUUGGCAGUUCCUUGCUGUGUUCGUUGUUCCUGCUGCUGUUUGUGGCGUCCGUGCAGGCGCUGGUGCUGCCCCGCACGCUGCUCUUCCUCUUCCUGUUCCUGGCUGCUUUCGUCACAAUAUCUGUUAUAUUAAUCGUUCUUCUUGCAUCAAGAUUAAAAGUCACGUCGUGGGAUCCAGCAAGAAGAUUCGUGUUACGUUUGGUGUUGACCAUCGUGGCCGUCACCGUCAUUUACAUCAUGGCUCAGGUUAACUCGUUUACGUGUGACUUGCCGUACGUUGUUCCCUGCAAACCCAACAUGACAAGCGAGAGCACGAGGCGUCCCGGGUCACACGAGUUUGUCCGUAACCUGUGGUGCCCUCUGCCUGAAUACAUUCCCAUCUCGUGCAUCCUCGGCUUCAUAUCCGUGGCAGUGUUUCUGCGCCUGCCGGUGCUGGUCAAGGCGCUGCUGGUCACCUCCAUGGCCACGGUGUACUCCCUCCUCAUCUCCUUCACGCACCGGCCACUGUUCUCCUGUUAUGAUGCGCGGGUUGGGGCGGUGGUUCCAACGGACGCCUUGGCAGUGGUGUACAUUUUGCUGUUCCUGUUGGCGGUCAUUGCUCACGGCCGCCAGGUGGAGUGGACUGCAAGGCUGGACUUCCUGUGGCAGUGUCAGGCCUCGGAGGAGAAGCAGGACAUGGAUGCUCUCCAGGAAAGCAAUCGUCGCAUCCUGUUCAACCUCCUGCCGGCCCACGUUGCAACGCACUUCCUAGACAACCAGUUCAGAAACAAUAUGGACUUGUACCACCAGAGCUACAGCCGCGUUGGGGUUGUCUUCGCCUCAAUCCCAAAUUUCCACGAGUUCUACACCGAGCUAGCCGUCAACAACCAGGGAACCGAAUGCUUGAGGCUCCUGAAUGAGAUUAUCGCUGACUUUGACGAGCUGCUGGAUGACGAGCGCUUCAAGUCGGUGGACAAGAUCAAGACUGUGGGCUCCACUUUCAUGGCCGCCGUGGGUCUGAUGCCGGACAUGAGGAUCCUGGACCACAAGGAGGAGUCCGCCAGCUACUACCUGUCGGUGCUGGCGGAGCUUGUCUUUGCCUUGAGGGAAAAACUGGCAAAUAUCAAUGAAAAUUCGUACAACAGUUUUACCCUGCGAGUGGGCAUGAACAUUGGUCCCGUCGUUGCUGGCGUCAUCGGUGCCCGGAAGCCUCAGUACGACAUCUGGGGGAACACAGUCAACGUUGCCAGUCGCAUGGACUCAACCGGUCUACCUAACCACACACAGGUGACAGAGGAGGUUUACCAAGUCCUGCGCAACAGACCGUACCAGUUCCAGUGCCGAGGGAAGGUCAAGGUGAAGGGUAAGGGGGACAUGACCACUUUCUUCCUCAUCGAUCGCAAGGAGCCAGCAACGAUCAAGGCAGAGGAGAGCCCGCAGCCCCCCAAGAUUCCUCCCCACCACCAGAACUACGCCCCGGAUCAUGGGUGUGGUUGGCCCGUGUGGCCCGCGUAUUGUGUGGUUGGGCAAUGUGGCGGGACCCUCCACACUCCCCACUCCUCCCUCCACCCACACCAACGCCACUACCACACCCACAAUGGAGGACUGUUUGGAGGUGUUGCAACGCCCCUGGCCAUGGUGCCCCCCAAGGUGCCGCCCCACGGCCGCAGCCUCUCCCAGGGCCUGACGGGGCAGCUUGUCCAGGGCCAGCCGGCCGGCACGCCUCGCUCCAGACGCAACAGAGACUCUUUCUGUGAUGACUUGCAGUCAAUGAAUAUUAAUAUUAAUCAGAACCUCAGUAAAUCAGUUGGAAGGCAGCCAGGGGGAGGAGGGGACUGCCAGAGGUGUGAGGAAGAGCCGCUCCUGACCAGGGCUCCUCCGACUCCCCUGGACGCCCACGUCCUCCCGAGAUUCUCUGUUGGACAGAUGCGCUCCAGCAACAAGUCCCAGACACCGACCCGAGCUGCCAUGCAACAGAUGAAACCCCAGAGCUCCAUCACUGCCCCCAAGACGUACUCUCAGUCCCGUCCUCGCACCUACCGCCCGGAUGAGUACAACUUCCCCCCGAGUGCUUAUGUCCCCUCCUGGAACCAGGCUCAGAGCCACGGCGCGGCCCACCAGGGGAGCAACACUGGGAACGGAAAGAAAUCCUCCGGACGGAGUCGCACCUCCCCGAGGCAGGAGAGUGAUGACGGGCAGCUGCGGCUUCCGGACAUGAGCAGGCCAGGUCUCACCGGAGGACUCAUCCUGCCACCAGUGCCUCGUCACCACCACGUGGAGGAGGCCGGGGUGCGGCACAAGCUGCGCUCCUUUGCCAGACACUACAGUGAUGACAGCCUGCACGGCUCCUCCCACAGAGACCUCCACUCCACCCGCAUCCACUCCUCUGCUGAUGAAAUAAGUUCUCUGAAUCGCUCUCCAAGUCUAAGUUCCUCCGAUGAGAGCUUCUCGCGCACAGACUUUUCUCGCACUGAUGCUGACUCGCCAUCGCCGCAGCACACCCCCUCGCUUAGUGACGAGCGCUUCAAGUACAUGUUCAGUGGCAUAAAUUUGGAGGGUGCUGCAGCCCCAGGGUUCAGAGAGCUUUCUCCUCAGAUUUACUCAGACUAUUUAUCCAGUGUCAAAGCGUCAAGUGACGAGAGCUCUUUGCGUCUGAACAGUCUUUCGCGAGACUCCACGACCUAUUCCUAUCCUAACGUUCCUGGACUCUGGAGGGAAACAGACAUAACCAGUCCCGCUCCUGAGGAAAGAAUGCGGAGGGAUGACUUAGUGAUACCAAAGUUAACUGCCGAGUUCUCUAGUGACAAAGUGAAACGUAGUAAAGUCAGUGAUAACAGGGUGGAAGUGGAGGUCCCUUCACAGGUUGACAAUUGUGUGAGUCAUAGCGCUUCCCCAUCCAGUGAGAAAGUGAGACCCGGAUGUAGACUAAGUUACGUUGACUGUGACCUUAACUCUCCCUCGAGAACUAGUGCCUCUGGAAGCACAAGCCGCAUGCGCAGUCUUGAAAGGAGUCCUCGGGAGAGUUCGGCGAUGACUCCCGACAGUGUUAUUAUGUGUAAAAAGCGUUCUCUCUCAAGGGAAGAGGGACAGAAGGUGGGUAACCACAUCCAAGUGGAACAAGAACAGUCCCGGAAACGUAAUCCAGAGCGUCAGAAAAGGGAUGGAGAGUGCCAGACGGACCCUCGCAACCACCACCACCGGUCUGCCGCGGCGAGCACCAAAACUCCUGAAAAGACAAAAAUGGAGAGAAAAUUGGAAAAAUCUUCUACAUUUGAGGGAAUACCUGAGGAUGGAAAGUCAGCAUCACUCGACUGCGAUAGAGGAAGGUAUGGUGGUCUGAGUGGAAGUAGUGAAAUUGAGCAGGAAAGGGAAACCCAUCACCGUGACAGCUCAGAUAUCAGUAACAACAAUUCAAGUAGCAACGUCAUGGAGAACUAUGCAGGUAACACCCUUGAAGGUUACUCAGCUCUUCAGAAGGCUGCCCAGCAACAGGAAAAGGAGUUGAAUAAUAUGUUUGGCAAUCAGGUCAGGUUGGAUCCACUGUCUGUCAAACCACUUACACCAGACUUGAUGAGCCUUGACCCUGUAAUGCUUGGCCUUCACUUUGACCCUCAUGGUAAUCAGACAGUGCUGCAGCUCACAUCAGCUUCUGCAGAUGGGGACUUGGCACCCCAUCAGCCGGCUGUGCCCCAAUUGGCAAAGCUGUCCUUGGCUGACACAGCGCCACUAGACUCUAGAACCCAGGCUUCCCGAGGCCCUCUUGGCCACAAGUUUCCUCUGGAGAUUCCCGCCCCAGAGAGAAUCAGUCUCCACCACAGUGUGAGGAAAUUUGUUGGCUCCAGAGCCCCUGGACCCUGCGGACACAGUGAGUACGAGAACAUGGAGUCCGAUGUGCCAGACGUCUCUACUGAUGACGAAGGACUCAGCAAUCGACGGCGGGAAUCUGCAGGGAGCAAAGCCGCCUCAGGGGACAGGCGGCCAGAGGAACGGAAAGAAACUCCAGUGCAGAACCCGGCUGUGGAGAAGCUCAGUCACAAGGGAACAGAGCAACCGACAGAUGACGAUGAUGACGUGAGGUCCUUUGAGGAGGAGGAGCGCAGGAUGGCCCAUGAGCUGAGCGCUGCACAGGUGGACAGGUCUGGGAAUGCUUCUGGGCAGUCAUUGCCAGUGCCCAGUACAGGUGAUGGAGGGGAAACUAGUCAGUCUGAGUGGAGUGAGGAUGAUGACGGGGCUGCCUCAGAGCCACUGCUGGACCAAGAGAGCACAGGCUACACCACCGAUGACCCGGCACUGGAACAGGUCUCCAUGAUGAACGAUGCAGGACUCACAGAUGCUGAAGGUGCCUUGAGUGAUGUUAACUCCAUCUACAAUGACCCACACCAGUACGACGGGGACAUGGACGACACAAGCAUGUCUUCCCGAGCCUCCUCCAGAAUAUUUGACUCCGACGCCAUCAUCUCCUUCGACCAGAUCAACGCCUACUAUGAGUCUGAGUACGACAACUACCGUCCGGGUGUGGUGGCCUCCGAUGGCUUUGACACGGAGCCACUCUCUGAUGUUGAUUUUGACGGGAUUGACGGCAUCAAUCUACAGAAUAUCAGAACCAUGUCAGAGAGCAUUACCCGCAACUUUGGACAGUCCCGGAAUGAGACAGAUGUGGACAGUGAUGUAUGAUAUUGGGUGAAGUCCUUAAUGGAAGACUACUGCAUAGAAACUACCGUCUGAAAACAACUAACUAAUGAGCCUGAUCCAGAAGUAAUAUCCUGAAGGUAUACCAAAUAUCUUAGUCUGCUGAUGAGGAUUUUGCUGAUGAUGUAAAGCAAUGAUUUGACAACCUUGCUAGCGCCAGUGUUUGACGUGUCUGAUACCACCUUGGACUUGAAAUAUGUGGUGUUCUGUGCCCUCAGAAUACACUCCCUCUGUUACCUGUCAUGGCCUCCAAUGCCCAGCAGUGCUGAGUGCCCCCGCACCAUGAAAAUCCAAAAUGGUUUCACUUCCAGAUUACUCUGCAUCAGCUGAAAAAUUAAACAGUGCAGUUGCACCUGCGCCACGUGAAGUAACCAUUGUCAUUCACUUAGCACACAAAAUCAUCCAUAAAUCAGAACUCAGAGUUACACACACAACCCAGUUUGAGAUCCACUAACGUCAGUGAUGACCUGUGUUGAACUUGUACAGCAAUGCAUUGUAAAUUUAAGAAAUAUAUUUUUAAAGUCUUCUUCAACAAAUGUUGCUAACUGACAUGUGAAAGAGACUGCUCAAGUUAUGAAAUAUGAAGAUUUUACUGAAAACAAUGACCUUCAACAUGAAAAAGCUAAUAUAAACAUAAUCUGCAGAAGUGAAUUUCUGUUUGUAUGCAUUAUACCUGUAGAGAUU